AUGUACAUUGAAAAUUUGGAUUCGUUGUCGAGUUUGAUGUCAAUCAAACGACAUUACAAGAAGGAUUCACGUUAUGUAAAUGAUCUGUACACAUUGACCUACGAUAACUGUGAAAGUUUGAACACGAUAAGUCUAAUAUCUUCCAUUCAUAUGAUCAAUAAUGAUGAUGUUGAUGAUGAUAAUGCUCUUAAUGAGAUUCCAUUUUAUAAUGUUAUAAAGAUAAACGAAAUUACAAUUAUGUGA